AUGAGAAGCUUUGCUGAAGCGGAAGAUCUUGUUGAAAUUGAUGUUGGGGCAAAGAAUUUGGUUGAAGUGAAAGGUUUUGUUGAUGCGAGAGAUCUUGGAGAAGAAGGUGUUCUUGGAAAGAAAGGUGUGGUUGGGAUAGGAGGUCUUGAAAGCUUUGUUGGGGUGGGAGGUCUUGAAAGUCUUGUUGGGGUGGAAGGCUUUGUUGAGGCGAAAGGUUUUGUUGUAGUUCGAG